UCUCGGUGAUUAUAGGGUUCAUGGAGGCGGACCAGGGCGAGCGCUUCCUCCAGCGAGCUCUUUGUGUUGUCUUUGUGAGCGUGGUGCCGAUCGGUGAGUAGGAGAUCCUAGAUUGCAAGCGCUAUGUCGUCGCGGCUGUGGGAGCUGGGCAAGAAAGCCAGCAUUGGGGGGCUUGUUGUGAUCUCGCUCCCGGUUCUUGUUCCAUCCGCGGUCGUUCUUGCGUUUGCUGGCGCUCUCCUCGCGGUGCCUGUUGGAUCGGCCGCUGUGGGGUUUCUUCUCCUCAAGAAGAUCCUCCAGGCUCCCAAACACUACCUCGAGUGGUCGCCUGGGAGCUCCGAGGAAUGCCAGGGGUCUGUCCGGGAUGAUGGGGAGGCCGAGAAAGAGGAUCAAGUUGGGGCUUCUUCGUCGGCUUGCUCGGAGAACCUAGAAGCCGGAUCGAAGAAAGAAGAUCGCCCAGAGCCAGCUGUUGGAGAGAUUUCUUGCGAGGAGGCUCCAGAGGAUCACGGCGAGCCGGGGAAAUCCUCCGAGGACUACAUUGUGGUGGAGAAGCCUCCCUCGGAGCCAAAGACUUCGGUGGAGCUCGAGGAAAAAGAGGAGGACGAUGAAGAUGGCAGCAAGAUCGAAAAGGCCGAAUCGCAGUGCAAAGGAUCUCCGGAUUUUUAUCAGUGCGUGGAAGUUGAGCUCGCGGACGAUGACGAUGGUGGCGCUACUGGAGCUAAAGCUCAUGACCACGAUGGCGAGCAAGACAAAGAGAGUGGCGUCAAGGUUGAUGCUGAUAAAGACAAGGAGGGCAGUGGCAGUAAGGAUCAGGGAGUGGGAUCGAGCGUUAUCCCGGAAGAUACAAACAAAAGAUCCAGUCCAGAAAAUCCCGAGGAAGAAUCUGGUGGAGCCAAGAAAAAGAUCGCGGCUGCUCCUGACAGUACCAAGGAAGUCCAUGCCGCUUCAGUGGAAAACGGUGGCUCCAGCGUCGAGGGACAGGAUCACAGCAAGGAGGAGCCGAGAUCUUCCGUGGACGAGUACGCUUCCAUGACCGAGGAUUUUCCAGAGGAGCCCAACGCAGUGAGCUCGGACGAAUCCGUCACCUCGGCACGAAACGCUGCCGCUGCCGCCGCCGCCGCCAAGCCCGAGCAGGUCCCGGAAAAGGAAAAGCGCGCUCGCCUUCGCAAGGAGAUUGUUGCGCUUAAAAAGUUGAUCGGCUACCGGGACGCCGCUGGUGGAUCCUUGGGCGUUCAAGUGGAGCGGCUCUACGGCUUCAUGGGCGUGGAGCUUCCAUCCGGGUGUAGCAGCGGCAGUGACUAUGGCAAGCUCUUGGAAGCUAUGAGCGCUCUCAAGGCGGUGGUGGGAGUCAAGUAAGUAUUAAGUAUAAACAAAGGUGAGAGCUUUCCAAGAGCUUAGAGCUUCUCUUUUUUGGUUUUUUUCCUUCGGGCAUAUAAGCUAGUUUCUUUCUCUCUGUUGAGAACUUUC